AUGUUCAACGGGAACGCAGAAUUUCACAGGUCAGCGUUGCGAAAGCAACAAGAUGUAGGAACUCUCUACGAUGACGGCCCUGGUGUCGACAAGUUCGAAGCAUUUUGGGGUGUUUUGGUUGACAAGCGGUAUCAAGGUCUGGGAGACGAAUAUCGAACACAUUCGAACCGUCCGAACCACUAUUAG